AUGUCUCAGGACAUCUUCAUAGGUGAUUGUACCAACACCACCCCCAGCAGCCACAACUCCAACUUCAGCUGUGGAUACAACAACCACAGCUGCUCCUACAUCAACCACAGCGGUUCCACAAACAACAACAGCUACUCUCACAACAACCACAGAUUCUCCCACAACAACCACAGCAGCUCCCACAACAUCCACAGUUGCUGCCACAACAACCACAGCUGUUCCCACAACAACGCCACAUGCUCCGACAAAAACCCUAGAUGUUCCAACAACAACCACAGCUGCUCCCAUAUCAACCAAAGCUGCUCUCCCAACAACCGCAGCCUCACCCACAACAAACACAGCGGCUCCCACAACAUCCCCAGCUGCUCCCACAACAACCACAGCUGCUCCAACAACAACCACAGGCUAUCCCACAACAACCACAGCUUCUCCCACAACAACCACAGCUACUCCAACAACAACCACAGCUGCUCUCCCACCAACCGCAGCCUCACCGACAACAAACACAGCGGCUCCCACAACAUCCCCAGCUGCUCCCACAACAACCACACUGCUCCAACAACAACCUCAGCUGUUCCCACAACAAUCACAGAAUCUCCCACAACAACCACAGCUGCUCCCACAACAACCACAGCUGCUCUCACAACAACCACAGCCUAUCCCACAACAACCACAGCUGCUCCCACAACAACCACAGCUGCACCUACAGCAACCACAGCUGCUCCAACAAAAACCACAUCAUCUACCACAACAAUGACAGAAUCUCCCACAACAACCACAGCUGGUCCCACAACAACCACAGCUGCUCUCACAACAACCACAACUGUUCCCACAACAACCACAGCUGCACCCACAACAACCACAGGUGCACCCACAACAACCACAGCCAUUCCCACAACACCCAUAGCUUCUCCCACAGCAACCAUAGAAGCUCCAACGACAACUACAAUUGGGGUAACAACAACCACAGAUACUUCAAAAACAACCCCAGCUGUUCCCACAACAACCACGGCUACUCCGACAACAACCCCAGAUGUACCAACCACAACCACAACUCUUCCAACAACAACCACAACUGCUCCAACAACAAACACAGAUACAUCCAAAACAACCACAGCCAUCCCCUCAAUACUCACUGCUGCUCCCACAACAACCACAGCAGCUCCAACGACAACUACAAUUGGGGCUACACCAACCACAGAUACUCCAACAACAACCAAAACUGCUCUCACAUCAACUACAGCUCCUCCAACAACAACCACAGCUGCUCUCACUACAACCACAGCUGCUCCCACAACAACCACAGCUGCUCCAACAACUGCUCCCACAACAACCACAGUAUCUCCCACAACAACCACAGCUGCUCCUGCAACAACCACAGCUGCUCUCACAACAACCACAGCUGUUCCCACAACAACGCCACAUGCUCCGACAAAAACCCUAGAUGUUCCAACAACAACCACAGCUGCUCCCAUAUCAACCACAGCUGCUCUCCCAACAACCGCAGCCUCACCGACAACAAACACAGCGGCUCCCACAACAUCCCCAGCUGCUCCCACAACAACCACAGAAACUCCCACAACAACCACAGUCGCUAUUUCAAAAACCCCAGCUGCUCCAACAACAACCUCAGCUGUUCCCACAACAACCUCAGCUGUUCCCACAACAAUCACAGAAUCUCCCACAACAACCACAGCUGCUCCCACAACAACCACAGCUGCUCUCACAACAACCACAGCUGCUCCCACAACAACCACAGCUACUCCAACAACAACCACAGCCUAUCCCACAACAACCACAGCUGCUCCCACAACAACCACAGCUGCUCCUACAGCAACCACAGCUGCUCCAACAAAAACCACAUCAUCUACCACAACAAUCACAGAAUCUCCCACAACAACCACAGCUGGUCCUACAACAACCACAGCUGCUCUCAAAACAACCACAACUGUUCCCACAACAACCACAGCUGCACCCACAACAACCACAGGUGCACCCACAACAACCACAGGUGCACCCACAACAACCACAGCCAUCCCCACAACACCCAUAGCUUCUCCCACAUCAACCACAGCUGCUCCCACAACAACCACAGUAUCUCCCACAACAACCACAGCUGCUCCCGCAACAACCACAGCUGCUCUCACAACAACCACAGCUGCUCCCACAACAACCACAGUUGUUCCCACAACAACCUCAGAAUCUCCCACAACAACCAUAGUCGCUACUUCAAAAACCACAGCUGCUCCCACAACAACCAGAGCUGUUCCCACAACAACCACAGCUGCUCCCACAACAACCAGCGCUGUUCCCACAACAACCACAGCUGCUCCCACAACAACCCCAGCUGCUCCAACAACAACCCCAGCUUUUCCCACAUCUACAAUUGGGGAUACAACAACCACAGAUACUCCAACAACAACCACUACUGCUCCCACAUCAACCAAAGCUGCUCCCACAACUACCACAGAAUCUCCCACAACAACCACAGCUGCUCCCACAACAACCACAGCUGCUCUCACAGCAACCACAGCUGCUCCCACAACAACCACAGCUGUUCCCACAACAACCACAGAAUCUCCCACAACAACCACAAGCUGUUCUCACUACAACCACAGCUGCUCCCACAACAACCACAGCUGCUCCAACAACAACCAGAGCUGUUCCCACAACAACCACAGCUGCUCCCACAACAACCACAGCUGCUCCCACAACAACGCCAGCUGCUCCAACAACAACCUCAGCUGUACCCACAACUACAAUUGGGGCUACAACAACCACAGAUACUCCAACAACAACCACUACUGCUCCCACAUCAACCACAGCUGCUCCCACAACAACCACAGUAUCUCCCACAACAACCACAGCUGCUCCCGCAACAACCACAGCUGCUCUCACAACAACCACAGCUGCUCCCACAACAACCACAGUUGUUCCCACAACAACCUCAGAAUCUCCCACAACAACCAUAGUCGCUACUUCAAAAACCACAGCUGCUCCCACAACAACCAGAGCUGUUCCCACAACAACCACAGCUGCUCCCACAACAACCAGCGCUGUUCCCACAACAACCACAGCUGCUCCCACAACAACCCCAGCUGCUCCAACAACAACCCCAGCUUUUCCCACAUCUACAAUUGGGGAUACAACAACCACAGAUACUCCAACAACAACCACUACUGCUCCCACAUCAACCAAAGCUGCUCCCACAACUACCACAGAAUCUCCCACAACAACCACAGCUGCUCCCACAUCAACCACACCUUCUCCAACAACAACCACAGCUGCUCGCACAACAACAACAUCCUUCCCCACAUCUGCUCCCACAACCACCACAGCAGCUCCAACGACAACUACAAUUGGGGCUACAGCAACUACAGAUACUCCAACGACAACAACAACUGA